AUGACCACCGACCUGAAGUCCCAGGAGCGCUACUAUGCCGACCGCAAGGCCCCCAUCUGCCCCCUCGUCAUCCUUGAGCACUUCAACUCGCUCACGGACGCUGAGAAGCGCUACGCCCAUCACAUUUCGGUCGCGUCUUGGGUCGGCGCUCGCGUGAUCCUUGAGCAGACUACCCCCACUGCCAGCGACCUGUUUGACCUGAUCCGUGUCAUCUUCUCGGCGUCCAAGGAAAAGCCCACCGAGCUCGCCAACCUCGACUCGCUCAAGGCCGCUGCAACCGACGACGACCUCACCGCAGUGAUGGAGUACUGUGCCCAGACCCUCUCCAACCUUGCCAACUACAAGUCGUUUGGAGACAUCAAGUUUAUCCCCCGUAUCCCUAAGGGUGCCUUCCGCGCUGUUGUGGCCGCUACACCACGCCAUGCCGAGGCUCUCCCACUCUUCGACAAGCUCGCCGAGGAGAUCUACUCCCUCACUCCCUCCCAGCGCACUCUCCUUGGCUACCCCGACGACGGCCACGUUACCAACUACUACACCGCGGACGUUACCAAGGAUGACAUCAAGGCGUCCCAGACCUGGUGUGAGUCGCGCGGCAUGGACCCCCUCAACACUCGUCUCUUCAAGCGCACCGACGGAGUCUUUGAGCUCAAGGUGGCCUCGGCCAACAUCACUGCCGCCCCUGAGCAAUUCAAGAUUGACGGUGGCCGUACUCUCGAACUCACCUACGGCGACUUUGCCCCCGAGAUGAAGGGUAUUGCCGACGAGCUCGAGCGCGCCAUCCCUUAUGCGGCCAACGAGCACCAGCGCAAGAUGCUCGAGCACUAUGUCGUCCACUUCCGCGGCGGCUCGAUCGACGAGCACAAGGACAGCCAGCGCGAGUGGAUCCGUGACGUCGGCCCCACUGUCGAGUCCAACAUUGGCUUUGUUGAGACCUACCGCGACCCUGCCGGUACCCGUGCCGAGUUUGAGGGCUUUGUUGCCGUGGUCAACAAGGAGAUGACCAAGAAGUUUGAACGUCUUGUCCAGAACGCACCCGAGUUUAUCCCCAAGCUUCCCUGGGGCAAGGACUUUGAAAAGGACACUUUCCUCAAGCCCGACUUUACUUCGCUGGAGGUUCUGUCCUUCUCAACAGGUGGUGUCCCCGCGGGCAUCAACAUCCCCAAUUACGACGAUAUCCGCCAGUCCUUUGGCUUUAAGAACGUCUCCCUUGGCAACGUUCUCAACGCCAAAGCUCCUGAUGAGAAGAUCACUUUCCUUUCGGAGGAAGACGCGGCGCUUUUCAAGCGUCUCCGCGGUCCUGCCUUUGAGGUUCAGGUCGGCAUCCACGAGCUUCUGGGUCACGGCACUGGUAAGCUUCUUGUUGAGGAGCGCGACGGCUCGACCAACUUUGACAAGGAGCACCCGCCUACCAACCCUCUGACUGGCAAGCCCGUCGAGCACUGGUACGGCCCGGGUGAGACUUGGGGCUCGCGCUUCAAGUCGAUCUCGUCUUCAUACGAAGAGUGCCGCGCCGAGGCUGUCGCCAUGUUCCUCUCGACCGACAAGGACAUGCUCAAGAUCUUUGGCCACACCGACAACUCGGACGAGGAGGGUACUGCCGACGACAUUCUCUACACUGGGUGGCUGCAGAUGUGCCGUGCUGGUCUUCUCGCGCUCGAAUUCUACGACCCUGCCGCCAAGAAGUGGGGCCAGGCCCACAUGCAGGCUCGCUAUGCCAUCACCCGCGUCCUUCUUGAGGCCGGCAAGGGUCUCGUGACCAUCGCCCCUCACGGUGACGGCGACCUCCUGGUCACUCUUGACCGUAGCAAGAUUCUUGACGUCGGCGUCCCGGCCAUGGGCCAGUUCCUCACCGAGCUCCAGGUCUUCAAGGCCACCGGCGACGUUGACGGUGGCUCGGCCCUGUACUCGCGUGUCACUGCUGUUCCCGACGACUGGCUCGCGUACCGCGACAUUGUCCUGAACAACCGCCAGCCCCGCAAGCUGCUCCUCCAGGCCAACACCUUCCUUGAGGGUGACAAGGUCGUCAUCAAGGAGUACACUCCUGACCUGCCUGGUUUCAUCCAGUCGUACCUCGAGCGCGCGAUUUAG